UUGUUUGCUCCUUUUUUGCUGUUGGACGAUGCGUAGGAUAGGCUACGGCUACAUUUUACCCCGUCUAUCCAAUUAGGCCGUGCCCAAACGAGAAUGACUUCAAAGAACGACUAUGUCGCCUGUUACGGCCCUCUCCCUUCAUCCCCCACACCCCAGCACGUCGUCGUCCUCCCUCUCUACCGCCCACCUCCGAGUCUCCGUUGUAUUCGCCGCUACCUCGCCGUCGCCACCGUUCUCUUCCUCCUCUCCCUAGCCGUAUUUCUCCUCUAUCCGUCCGACCCGACCAUCAAACUUGCCCGAGUCCGGCUCAACCAUGUCCGAGUCAAAUCGUCCCAUGGACUCUCCCUCGACCUAUCGUUCUCUCUAACCAUCAAGGUCUACAACCGGGACUUCUUCUCCUUGGACUACAAUUCCCUGGUUGUCUCGGUCGGCUACCGAGGGAGGGAGCUAGGGUUUGUUAGCUCCCAGGGAGGGCGCGUCAGGGCCAGAGCUUCGUCUUACGUGAACGCCACGCUCGAUCUCAAUGGGUACGAGGUCAUUCACGACGCGUUUUACUUGAUCGAAGAUUUGGCCAGGGGUGUAAUUCCUUUUGAUACUGAUACGGAAGUGAACGGAGUAUUAGGCCUCUUCUUCUUCCAAAUUCCUCUCAAGGCAAGGGUAUCUUGCGAGGUGUAUGUAAAUUCAAACAACCAGACAAUCGUCCGCCAAGAUUGCUACCCUGAGCAAGGAAGUGGAUUUAAUCUGGUUUUGAAUAUAAUCUGGUUUUGCCCUGUGCACUGAGUGGAGAUUAAGCAAGCGACAAGAUGAACUAUGAUGGGUAGUCCAACUCGUACUAGUGCAAUGCUGUUCCUUGAAUUGAUUUGGAUGAUUUAUCUUGUUUUGUUUUAUUUUAGUUUUUUUAUCCCCUAGGAUUAGUCGGGACUUUGUUCCAAACGCCUGUUGCUGAUAAAAAGUUUUUAGUUCUGUUACAUUGUUCCUAGUUUUGUUGCAAAUCAACAAUGAAAUAAAUGCUCUGAAGCAUUAAGGUUUU